GAAAGCUGGAGGUUAAUCUGUCGCUUAUGCUCCAACAUGAGCAUGUCUUUGAGGGGACUCAUCUGGCUCUGGAGAGUCCUUGAAGGCACUGCAGUCCUCCACCUGCUGCCUCGCCUGCACGCAAGCCUUAGUCAUGGGGAAUGGGCGUCAGCCGCUGACCUCCGGCUGCUCGGUCCUCAUGCGUCCACCUACUGCCUCACUCACCAGCACUCCCACCUUGUCGUGGCAAAGCAGCUCCGCCUCCCAUCUCAUCCUGAUGGAGGUUACAUCAUUCAGCAGGUCUGCUGUUUCUGUCAAGAGGAGGCAAAGCUCCCGCUGCUGCCGCUGCUCUCGCAAGCAGCAAUAUCUGGUGAUUCCUGUCAACUCGCAAUCGACACAAACACAGUAAAUAGAAACCUCAAACUGUCUGACAACAACAGGAAGGUGACACAUAAUAUUAUGGAGGUUCAGUCAUAUCCUGAUCAUCCAGACAGAUUUGAUGUUUGGCCUCAGCUGCUAUGUAGUAAUGAAAUAACUGGUCGCUGUUACUGGGAGGUCGAGUGGAAAGGAAACAUUUCUAUAUCAGUGAGUUACAGAAGAAUCGGAAGGAAAGGAAACAAUGAUGACUGUUGGUUUGGACUCAAUGAUCAUUCCUGGAGUCUGCACUGCACUGAUGGUGGUCCUCAGUUUGUCUGUCACAAUUGCAGAUCCACAACCAUCCCCCCCUCCUCUUCCUACUCCUCCUCUGUCUCUAACAGAGUAGCAGUGUAUGUGGACUGUCCUGCUGGCACUUUGUCCUUCUAUAAAGUCUCAUCUGGCACUCUGAUCCGCCUCCACACCUUCAACACCACAUUCACUGAACCUGUUUAUCCUGGAUUUUUAUUGUCUUUUCAUGGUGCCUCAGUGUGUCUGUGCUGAGUUGAGUGUAAAGAGUGUCCUCCUGUUAGAGAAAUACUCUGACUGUUGAACAGAUCAGUCUGUACAUGUCUGUGUCUUUGACUCAGAAAUGCAUUUUAAGGUUAAUGGAUUCAAUGAGUUGAUGUUUUAAACUGUUCUAAAUGAUUCCUUGUAAACUUCUUCCUCUUCACUCCUUUAAAGAUGAAAGCUACAAUUAUUCCAGGAUCCAUUUUUAGGAAUAUUUUAAUAUGCCUGAAUAGCACUGCAUAUGCUGUGUUUUCACCUUAGUUUGAAUAAAACAUGAAAACUAUCACAAAGGGCCGUGGAGUAGAAUCUGGUGGAUUUUGGUGAUAUACAUUAGAUUUGUUUUGAUGCUAAUUUUUUUUUAAAGCUGUUUCUUUGUUAUGAUAUCAGAUCUGAAUUUUAUAAAAUGCUGCAUCAAAAACAAAGACAGAUGUGUUGAUGUCCACAAAUGACAAUUACAUUGCUCAGUUUGAGCUAAUGUUUGAUAUCA